UUUGUUGCUUGUCUCCUGUCCUUAUUACGACAAAUGACAGAUAGACAUUAUCAACAACUUCUUGAUAGUUUCAAUACAAAGGAAGAAUUAAGGGAUUUCCUGCUACAGAUAUUUACUGUGUUCCGAAUAUUGAUACGCCCAGAGAUGUUUCCGAAGGACUGGACUGUUAUGCGCUUGGUGGCUAACAACGUUAUUAUUACAACAGUUCUAUACCUGUCUGAUGCACUUCGUAAGAACUUCUUAAAUGAAAACUUUGAUUAUAAGCUUAUUGCUGACUUAGACUAUUUCUAUGGAUCUACCAUCUGUACAUGGAUAAGGCAAGUUCUCAACUUGAGCAAAGAUUUAGUGCAACCUCGAACUGUUUUGAGAAAGAAAAUAGAUUCAAAACACAUCAAAGAUUUAAAUUAA